AGAUAGACUAAUUUGCCUUCAGCAAAGAGAGCUUCGGAGGAACAAAAAUGGCGGCAGAGAAGGUAGAGACAGUGAUCGCAGGGAAUUACUUAGAGAUGGAAAGGGAAGGAGAAGGAGAAGAAGAAGGCAACUCUUCUUUCUCUGCCAAGACCAAACUCUCCAAGUUCUUCUGGCAUGGCGGUUCUGUCUAUGAUGCUUGGUUCAGUUGUGCCUCCAAUCAGGUGGCGCAAGUGUUGCUUACAUUGCCAUAUUCAUUUUCGCAACUGGGGAUGCUGUCGGGAAUCCUCUUCCAAAUAUUCUACGGUCUGAUGGGAAGCUGGACUGCUUAUCUCAUCAGCGUGCUCUACGUCGAGUACAGAUCUCGGAAAGAGAGGGAGAAAGCCGAUUUCAGAAACCACGUUAUUCAGUGGUUUGAAGUGUUGGGUGGGCUGUUGGGGAAACACUGGAGAAACCUCGGGUUGGUCUUCAACUGCACUUUCCUCUUGUUUGGAUCCGUCAUUCAACUCAUCGCUUGUGCUAGCAAUAUAUAUUACAUAAACGACAAGCUGGACAAGAGGACAUGGACGUACAUAUUCGGAGCAUGUUGUGCGACCACUGUCUUCAUCCCAUCUUUCCACAAUUAUAGGAUUUGGUCUUUUCUUGGACUCGCCAUGACCUCUUACACUGCUUGGUAUCUCACCAUUGCUUCUCUCCUCCAUGGUCAGAUUGAGGGAGUGAGACAUUCAGGGCCGACAAAGAUGGUCCUCUAUUUCACCGGGGCCACCAACAUUCUCUACACCUUCGGCGGCCACGCUGUCACCAUCCCUGUAACGUUUUGUAUGUGGAAGCCAAAAAAGUUCAAGCUCAUAUACCUGCUGGCGACGAUAUACGUAUGGACGCUGACGUUACCGUCAGCCUCAGCCGUUUACUGGGCCUUCGGAGAUUUGCUUCUCACUCACUCGAACGCCCUCUCCUUGCUCCCCCGGACCGGCUUCCGAGACACCGCCGUUAUCCUCAUGCUCAUCCACCAGUUUAUAACGUUUGGGUUCGCAUGCACGCCGCUCUACUUCGUUUGGGAGAAAUUCUUAGGGGUGCACGAGACGAAGAGCUUGCUCAAACGAGCAUUUGCGAGGUUGCCGGUGGUGAUACCCAUAUGGUUCUUGGCCAUCAUCUUCCCUUUCUUCGGUCCCAUCAAUUCCGCAGUCGGAUCCCUUCUUGUCAGCUUCACCGUUUACAUUAUCCCCGCCAUGGCUCAUAUGAUCACUUUUGCGCCUGCAUCCGCCAGAGAGAACGCCGUGGAGAGGCCUCCGAAGAAGGUGGGAGGGUGGAUCGGAGCGUACUGCAUGAACGUAUUCGUGGUGGUGUGGGUGUUCGUGGUAGGGUUCGGGUUCGGGGGAUGGGCCAGUUUGCUCAAUUUCGUCCGUCAGAUUGACACUUUCGGCGUUUUCACUAAGUGUUACCAAUGCCCUCCUCCCAAGCACUGAUAUUUAUAUCCAUAUAUAUAUAUAUAUAUAUAUAUAUAUACCCGUUUUUUAUCCAUCUUCUUCAGUGAAAUAUUUUUUAGUUUUCCCCCCAUUUUUUUUAUAACUUUUGUCAUCUUAGGGAUUAUUUAAAGAUCAUCCUACUUUGCCUGUUUGUAUGUGUUUUUCCUAUAAGGUAUCAUGGAAGGAAGGCCAACCCUAUUACUAUCUG